AUGUUUUCAUGUCCUGAAUGUGGGGAAAAGUUUAGCUCUGAUUUAGGUCUUUAUAUUCAUCAGGGAUCCCACAGCGUGGGGGAACAUUAUUCCUGUUCUGAGUGCGGGAAAUAUUUUAUAUAUAAAUCACAACUUGUCAGACAUCAGAGAUUACACACGGGUGAGAAGCUGUAUUCCUGCCCUGAGUGCGGGAAAUGUUUCGAUGGUAAAUACAGACUAAACAUACAUUAUAGAUCCCACACAGGGGAAAAACCGUACUCCUGCCCUGAAUGCGGGAAAUGUUAUCAACAGAAAUCAGUACUUGUUUUACAUCAAAAAUCUCACACAGGAGAGAAGCCGUAUUCCUGCCCUGUGUGCGGGAAAUGUUUUUUACAUAAAUCAAGGCUAAUUGUACAUAAAAGAACUCACACGGGGGUUAAGCCGUAUUCCUGCCUUGAAUGUGGAAAAUGUUUCUCAGAUAAGGACAAGCUUUCUACUCAUCAGAGACUACACACGGGCGAGAGGCCGUAUGUUUGCCCCAUGUGCGGAAAUCGUUAUAGACUGAAUGCAGAACUUAUUGGACAUCAAAGAUCUCACAUGGGGGAGGAGCUGUAUUCCUGUUCUGAGUGCGGGAAAUGUUUUGCAUACAAAUCAGAGCUUCUUACCCAUCAGAGAUCUCACACGGGGGAGAAGCCGUAUUCCUGUUCUGAGUGCGGGAAAUGUUUUUCACAAAAGUACAGUCUUAAUGUGCAUCAUAGGUCUCACACAGGCGAGAAGCCGUAUUGCUGUCCUGAGUGCGGAAAAAGUUUUUCAUUGAAAGCCCAACUGGUCAGACAUCAGAGAUGCCACACGGGUGAGAAGCCCUAUUCCUGCUCUGAGUGUGGGAAAUGUUACGCAAAGAAAUCAGAACUUGCUUUACAUCAAAAAUUUCAUAACGGCGAGGAGCCGUAUUCCUGCCCUGAGUGCGGGAAAUGUUUUUCACAUAAAUCAGGACUGGUCGUGCAUCAGAGAUCUCACACGGGGGAGAAGCCGUAUUCCUGUCCCGAGUGCGGGAAAUGUUUCGUAAGGAAAUCAGUACUUGUUGUACAUCAGAGGUCUCACACAGGGGAGAAGCCGUAUUCCUGUCCUGAGUGCGGGAAAUGUUUUUCAAACAAAUUAGGACUUGUUGUACAUCAAAGAACUCACACGGGGGAGAAACCGUAUUCCUGUUCCGAAUGUGGAAAAUGUUUCAUAAGGAAAUCGGUACUUGUUGUGCAUCAGCGGUCUCACACAGGGGAGAAGCCGUUUUCCUGCCUUGAGUGCGGGAAAUGUUUUUCACAAAAAAGCAAUCUAAAUGCACAUCAGAGACAUCACACGGGGGAGAAGCCGUAUUCCUGUUCUGAGUGUGGAAAAUGUUUCAUAAGCAAAUCAGCCCUUGUUGUACAUCAAAGACAUCACACGGGGGAGAAGCCAUAUUCCUGCUCUGAGUGCGGGAAAUGUUUUACACACAAGUCAGAGCUUCUUAUACAUCAGAGAUCUCACACAGGGGAGAAGCCGUAUUCCUGUUCUGAGUGUGGGAAAUGUUUCUCACAAAAGGGCAGCCUUAACAUACAUCAGAGGUCUCACACAGGCGAGAAGCCAUACUGCUGUCCUGAGUGUGGAAAAAGUUUUUCAUGGAGAUCAAAACUUAACAUACAUUACAGAUCCCACACGGGUGAGAAACCGUAUUCCUGCCAUGAGUGUGGGAAGUGUUUUCCACAGAAAUCAGACCUUGUUUUACAUCAAAGCUCUCACACAGGGAAGAAGCCGUAUUCCUGCGCCGAGUGUGGAAAAUGUUUUUCAGACAAAUCAGGACUUGUUGUACAUGAAAGAUCUCACACGGGGGAAAAAGCCGUUUUCCUGCCCUGA